AUGGCAACAGAUGAUCCGGAUAUCGAACAAUUAUUUCGCUAUACAAGUGGGCGAUGGCUCUGGAGUGAAGAACAGCAGCUCCAAGACAGAUACAAGGCCUUUAACGUCACUCAGCUUCAAAUUUUGGCAGCUCAAGCAAUAGGUUCGGAUGGCUGUGUCUCGAUCACAAAGCUGGCAGAGGGGGGGUUCAACAAAGUUUUCCGCCUCCAAAUGAGUGAUGGGAAAUCGCUUUUGGCGCGUAUUCCUAAUCCAAAUGCUGGGCCCGCCUUUUACACAACUGCCUCCGAAGUUGCUACUAUGGAGUUCGUUCGAGACAUUCUCCAGAUACCAGUCCCUCGAAUACUGGGAUGGAGUGCAAACUCCGAAAACCCAGUUGGGUCAGAAUAUAACUUCAUGGAGGAGGCGGCCGGGAAACAACUAGCAACGCAAUGGGAUGACUUAACUCCUGAUUCAAAGCUAGCUAUCAUGAGAGAGAUUGUGGCUAUAGAGACAAAGUUAUUGUCGGUAUCUUUUUCGCACUACGGAAGUUUAUAUUUUUCGAGUGACAAAGUAGAUGGCGCGCGGGUCUCUAAGAGAUUCACUAUUGGCCCAACUGUCGAGCGAGAUUUCUGGAAAAAAGAGCGUGGUACAAUGGACAUAUCGCGAGGUCCUUGGGCAAGUGCCAAGGAGUACGCAUCGAGUGUUGGUUGGCGCGAAGUUGAUUGGAUAACAAAGUACGCCGUUCCAAAGCCAUCCGACGACAUAUUGAGCUGUACAUCCCAAAACGAGCCACGUGCGCAUCUCAAUCUGCUGGAGAAAUACCUUAGCAUUGCCACCAGUCUCAUGGACAUUGAUCCCCUCCUUAGCCGUCCCACUCUUUGGCACAGCGACCUCCACUCAUCCAACAUUUUUGUUGAUAACAAUCGUAUUACUGCAGUCAUUGAUUGGCAAGGCUCGUGGGCCGGUCCACUUCUACUGCAGGCACAACCAUCUCCGCUGGUGGACUAUCAAGGCAGCAUCCUACUUAAGCGUCCAGCCAAUUUUGACGACCUUGAUUCCGAGCAACAAGUUCAAAUUAAGCGACAAAUUUUCAAAUCGACUCUUUUCCAGCUUUACUUGAUGGAGACUGAGAGAAGGAAUCCGCUGCUUGCAAAAGUGUUCCAUCUGAACCAUGGAAAAACAAGACGUCUUGCCGUCGAAUUGGCUGGGAAUACCGGGGAUGAUGAAAUUGUGCCUUUCCGAGAGGCACUCAUCAAUGUUGAAAAGUAUGAGUUAGGGAUCUGGGCAAGUCCAAUGAUGAUAAAAGCGCAGUUACAAUUACGGUAA